AUGUUCGAAAACAAUCAAAUCAGCGAGGUAUUACAUACCGAUAUCAGAACUCCUAUCCCCCCGGCCCUCGUAGCCAAGAUCACAUCUCUGCCGCCAUUCAUCCCUAUACAAGGUGUAUCCAACUUUCGCGACUUAAGCCAUGACGGCAACAAGUUACGCAAAGGAUUCGUGUAUCGGUCGGGAAGCUUGUCUGAAAUCUUUGGAGCCGGGAAAUCCAUCAUCGCAACCGAAUUAGGAAUCACCACGAUCUUCGAUCUCCGGAACGAGAACGAGCGACAAAAAGCCCCUUCACCUGAUAUCACGGGAGUCGAGACAAUAUGGUGUCCAUACGGAGCGCGACCAGCCACUUUGAAUCUGCGCGAUUUCGCAGGCGAAGACAACGGCGCCUCCGGGUUCGUGAAGAUGUACAACGGCAUCCUCGAAGCGGCUUCCCCUUGUUUUACCAUGAUCUUCCAGCAUAUCAGAGAUAAACCAGACGAUCCGUUUGUCGCCCAUUGUUCAGCUGGUAAAGAUCGCACGGGUGUCUUGGCCGCGCUCAUCCUCCUCCUGGUCAACCAACCCCAUGAAGAUAUUAUCAACGAUUACAUCCUCACUCGCGUUGGACUGGAAAGCGCCCGGGAAAACCUCAUGGAGGCAUUCGCAGUCAAUUUAGAACCUGAUGGAAUCGACAUCGACCAACUGAGCCCCGAGGCACUGGGUAUGCUCGAGCUCUGUGGUGUUCGAGCCUCAUCCAUGGAGGCUUUCCUGAUCUCUUUUGAGAAUACCUAUGAAAACGGCAUCGAGGGGUAUCUCAUUGAUAAACUUGGGUUCUCACAGAGUGAUUUAGCGACGAUGCGGCGUAACCUGACCUAG